AUGCGCUCCCCAGACUUUGAAGAAGUGAAAAAGAAUCGCAAGGAAAUGAAUAAGGAACUCGAUGGAGCAUACAGUCGCUACUUCUACGUCAGAAACAAAAACGUUCCUAUCACCCCAGAAGCCAUGGACGCCUUCGAGUUCUCUAUCCAGGAACACAUGGCGAAGUUUAAAGUGGAAUUUUAUAGCAAAGAUGAGAGGAUCCACAUUACGCUCCCAAAAGUUCAAGAUCGUAUAGCUUGUGUGGGGUACUUUCGCAUUACUCGGGAACUUCAAGCGGCUUUGGAUGUAACAAAGAUUUCCUCAUACUUCGUCAUUGAUACAGCUAGGCACUAUAAGACUCUGAUAUAA